AUGUCAGAACUCGCAGAUAAAUUGAUGCUCACACAGUUGGUCAUAGUCACCGGUCUCUCGUUCAUUCCGCUCGGCUGGCCCGCACCUCAAAGGUUACCGUCGUAGGCAAAAAGGAGCGGAUCGGUGAAGUAGUAUUCCUACUUUCAGGUUACUGUAGUUAUAGUCGAUACCAGGACGGCGAUUUUACCAGUACCAGUCAGUUUAUCGGUCGUUCUAUUUAUGAAACUGGUAGGGAUCGGAAGGUUUAAAUGGGAAAGGAUCGAGAUCUUUUUCAGGGAUUCUCCGUCCCCACUCGUCAAAGGAUGUCUACCGUCCGGUAUCGAAAAGUGCAUAUCUGCCGGCAAGGCAGUAGAAGCCAUCAACAAACACUUUAAGCAUUCCACAUAUGUAUUAAUUGAUAUCUAGAGAUUUUAUUUGAUCUCGCGCGAUUUCUUUGUCGAAUUCUGAAAAUGCCGCUUUCUGCUAAACCGGGCGACAUUACGACACUCCAAAGGUGGCCAGUGAGACCACGGUAAACAUGUUGUGAUUCUCACUCAACAACUUUUCGACCUUUCUGUCGUUAGACUUCAUUGAUUUAGUUUAUCUUUUUAAACGUGAACUUUUGAUGAUUUGAGAUAGGCGGCUCAGGCAGUUGUAAAGUUCCUAAUAAAUUCUGAAUAAUUGAAAAAAGGCAGAACUUUUCUUAUUCAUUGAUUUUUCCGGAUUUCUGUUAUUUUUCUAUCGUUCAGAAAGAGCGUAGGAUGAGCGAUUCGGAUGAGAGCCCGUAUGGAAACGUUUUGGAGAGUCGACGGGCCAAACUUCAGCGGAAGCGUGUUCCAGUUACAAAAAAGUACGACAGUGACACGGAUUCCGAUAAUUUCUCGAGUUUCGGCGAAUCGCCCGUUGUCAAGAAGAAGCGAGAGACGGAUAAACUUGCUGAGGAUUCGUUUGUAGACGUCCCCGUCUCUCAUGAUCAGCAUUUGCAAAGCAAAAUGGACGAAGUGGUAGAAGGUUUAUUUUCAUCUAUCUUGCAGUAUUGACUGGUUCUUUUCUUCUCAGAGUACAAGAAGAACUUGUUUGGCGGCAAAGACUGUGUCCUCAGCGUGAAGCCGAACAAAUCGCAUCCGUCGACGUUCGGGGAUAGAAUGCUGACAAAAACGAUUCAAAUAUGCGAAAAUCUCGAUGAAACCGCGGAUAUGGAAGUUGUCGAAGAAGCUAAUAUGGUGCGUUGAGCAGUCCCAACGAAAUAUGUGCCAGUCGCCAUAUUAUCAAUUUUGCGAAAAAAUUUUUGAUUUAAAAAUGCUUUUGCAGAGUGCAUACGCGAACGCAAUAUCUGUGCCAAUUGAAGUGCUCGACUACGAACAAAUGGCCGGAGCGCGGCAGCUAGUCGAGUUAAAAGUGGGCGAAACGUUCGGAGGAAUACGGAGAAAGUUCAUGGAGAAGUGGAAGUGUCAUCUGGACGAAGUACAAUUGCACUACAACAACGAAGUUUUGCCGAACGACGCCACGCUCAAAUCGCUGGGAAUAGAGACGCUGACGCUACCUUACCCGGUGUUCGAGGCGCAUCGAAUAGAAAGUCAGAGGAAAAUGAUAGUGAUAGAGACGCUGCCGGAUCACAUCUCCGUCAAGAUGCAAAUGAAGAACCGAAAGAAGCCGAUCCAAAUUCAAAUUCGCACCGAGACCACGAUUCUUGAGAUGAAGCAGAUGGUGAUUGACGACUUGGCGACCGAGGGAAAACCGCCCACGCUCAAAAAUCUAAAAAUUAUGUUCGACGACGAAUAUCAGAAUGAUGAAGUGACUGCCGAAGAAUUGGAACUCGAAGAGGGCGAUUGUCUUGAUGUUUUUGAUUAG